UCCAACCAAAAAGCUUAAUAAUAAAAAGCUAGAAAAAAUUCCCUUUCAAUGGAUAUCUCGGCAUUAUUAUUACUAUUAUUGUGAUGUGGUCGGAUGCAAAGGACGACCAUGCCGGACAAAUUCUGCCGGUUAAAGGUGGCGCCGCCGACUGUUACCCUUCUCUCUAAGUUUCUUCUAAUCACCUCCCACCAAUAAUUCAAUCGAUUCCCGAUCAUCCCUUCAACCACUUUCCUUAGAUCGUCAAAUACAAUCAAUCCAGUCAAGAAGGUUUAAGUCAAUGGCAUCUUCACAGGAUUCAUGGGUGAAAGAAUAUAAUGAAGCAGCAAAACUAGCUGAUGAUAUCAAUGGUAUGAUCUCUGAAAGGGUAUCUAUGCCUGCAACAGGACCAGAUGCACAACGUCAUGCAUCUACAAUACGAAGAAAGAUUACGAUUCUGGGGACUAAGCUAGACAGUUUGCAGUCUCUUUUGUCAAGGCUUCAUGGCAAACAGCCAUUAACUGAUAAGGAGAUGAAUCGUCGGAAGGAUAUGGUUCUGAAUUUGAGGUCAAAAGUAAACCAGAUGGCAUCCACAUUGAAUAUGUCUAACUUUGCCAACAGAGACAGUUUGUUGGGUCCAGAAAUUACAUCGGUUGAUGCAGUCAAGAAAACGGAAGGAUUGGAUAAUCAUGGCAUUGUUGGUCUUCAGAGACAGAUAAUGAGAGAGCAAGAUGAAGGGCUAGAAAAGUUGGAGGAAACAGUGAUAAGUACAAAGCAUAUUGCUUUGGCAGUUAAUGAGGAACUUGGCUUGCAUUCUAGGUUAAUUGAUGACUUGGAUGAACAUGUCGAUGUCACAGACUCCCGACUAAAGAGGGUGCAGAAGAAUCUUGCGAUGCUGAACAGACGGACAAAAGGAGGAGUCUGCUCAUGUCUGUCGUUGCUUGUCUCGGUCAGUGGGAUUGUGGGGCUAAUUGUUGCAAUGUGGUUGCUGAUCAAGUAUUUGUAGUGCCAUCAUGGGGGAAAUGAUAUUGAAACCAAUUUCCAAAGACAACUAUCAAACUAAGUGUGGUUUAUUUUCUAUGUUUCUUCUUCCUGUCAUGUGAUAUCCCUUGUUGUGUUGAAAUUCGAUUUGUAUUGAUAUUGUUUGAAUCGUGGUUUGUGUGCUGCAAAUGACAUUUGUUUCUGGUCCUGAAUGUAAAAGUAUUUACCUUAUAUUUUUCUUC